GCGAGGCGCCUGCGCGGUGCUGGUGCCGCUGCCGCUCCCGGCUUCUGGGGAAGGCCUUCGGCGAGGACUUGGCGCACCCUUCGCCCCGCGGCUGCUGCCAGGGAGGGCAGACCCGGCGGCGCCCGCGCCGCGUGCCGCCUGCGCGGCGGCUGGGCCCGCUCGCGGCGCCCUCUGCGCGCCGGUGCCGCGGCCGGAGGGUGCGCCUAGCCUGAACCUGGCCGCCUGCGGCGCCUGUGGCGCCUGCGGCGCCUGCGGCACCUGCGGCGCCUUCAGCGCGCGCGCGCGGGCGCGCGCGCGCGCGCCUGGCCGAAGACGCGCGGAAGACCUUUCGAGCGUUUCGCCAUGA